ACUGGAAAUUACAAUACAAACUUAAACAAGUGAAUCACCUCAUGCGUAACAAAAAAGUUUGAAUAUAUGUGUCCAAUUUGUGAUUCAAGAUGCCAUUUGAAGAAGCCAAAACAAUGAGCAUUGCUGUCAUUGAUACGUCUGAGGGCAAAGAAUUUUGUAAUACCUCGAUAGAAGUAAUAAGAAAAUGCUCACAAAAGGACACGAUAAAUACGUCAUGGGAGCGUAGUUUCGCUUCGACCCAUGAAAAUAAAGAUAAGGAUUACAAUAAGACGCCACCUUUUGUGAGUAUCAUGGGCACGGACGAUCCCAGUUCUACACUGGGGAAUUCAACUACCAGUUCCACUCAGACGGAACCAUUUGUGACUCUGCCAGUUAACUGCAGCUUUGUUGACGUGAGCCUUUCCUUCAGUAAGGACUUUAACAUACAAGAAUCAACAUCUAACGAUACUUCCGAACAGUCUCUAGGAAGUAAGCGUUAUAGACGAGACUCCAGUGACGGAGAGCACAAAGAAUUGCGACCAUGGAAGAAAAAGUGUCCUGAUUCAUUAUCAUCCAGCACGUCUGAUUUGACAGACCCUCAGUUAGCACUUGGGCCACCUUCUUGUUUGUCCAGUAAUUCUGACGUAUCGUUUAAAUCGAUCAACAGCAACCAUUCAUUUAAAGUUAGAAAAAGACGUAUGAAAUCUGAGUCGAAUUUAUUCAGAGAUGCCCUUCAAAGGUCAAGGAAAAGCACUGGCUUCGGCAGACAUAAUUAUUCUGAGAACACUACUCCAGGUGGAACGCCGCGGAAGGACAGGAGUUACCGGAGGAAUAGCAAACCUAAAGCUUGGAGGAUCGUGGAUUUGUGUGCAUGGAUCGGCAGAAAGGUAGGCUACCAAUCAAUCACCGGCCUGUACUCCGACAUACUACGCGAGCCCUUAGUUCACCAAGAAAACAAUGAAACUUCUGAAGAAUUGAAAGAGCUGAGGAGGUUCCUAGAAGAAGUAGACAAGAAACAAGAACGGCUCGCGCAGGAGAACGAGAGUUUAAAAGAAGGAAUGAAAAAUAUGAUGAACAAAAUUGAACAACUCGAGGGUAAGCUCAGGAAACACGAGAGUCCAUCAAAACCACAGAUACCUCCGCCGCCUCCACCGCCGCCCCCGCCCCCGCCUCCGCCACCGCCGCCGCCACCACCGCCUCUUCCAGCAACGAAGCUCCCCGUGCGAUCUCACACGUUGCCAAGAUGUGGAUCAGCACCGCCGAGAAUAGCUGGACCCCGCCUCACAAUAACCCCACAAGAUAUCGCUAAUGUUAAAUUGAGGAAGACAAGGGACAAUCCAGUACGCUCAAAACCAGUUCAUAAAGAUAGUCAGCCUUUGGUGACGCAGCAAAUGCUACAGACAACACGGGCCAAAUUAGGACGAGCCAGACCCGUCGCUGCUUCCACCCCCAAGCAACAACUUACUGAAUUAGAAAAGUGUUUGCUUCAGGAAACGACGGUGACAUCACUAUAUCGACGACGAGUUGCCCGCAAUACAUUCCGGAGUGCGGAGGAGCUGAGACCGCGGCCUUACCCGGCGGCGCGGUGUUCACGGUCACCCCUUUCUCCUCGAUCACCCCGCGCGAACUCUUUACCACGAGUCAAGCCGAUGUCACCUCUAAAAUUUCCCAACGGCAUCAAUCCUAAUAAUGCUAAAUUGAAUAAUUAUUGAUAAUUUAGACUAACUAUUUGCGGUUAAUAAGUAUUAAGCUUAUUAUAGCUCAAAUACCUACUUACGUAGACUUAAACAUAUAUGACUGUUCUCCUAUUUUACUAGAACAUGUGCUGUUUUGGCUGAGGCCAAUUUAAAAACGUACUAAUUUAUUUUAUACCUACUUAAAACAAUGUUUAAUUUUACGAUUUCUGCAAAAGAAAGAAAUUCCUUUUUACUACAUAGUUUUUGACACGAUCCUUUUUGGUCUGUAGAUAACAGCAGGCAAAUUCUUAAUAAAAGUUAUUUGGGAAUCGCAGGCGCAUUCCAUUCUCAGAGAUAAAAAUGGAACUUUCGACUGACUUGCAUUUUGGUAACUAGAUAAACUAAUUAUUUUGCGUUGUUUGAUUAUUGAAUGACACAGCUACCUAAUGACGGUUUAGAAACUCUAUCUAAAUAUAUGGCAGCAGAUAGAAUAGGAGGACCGACAAAAAUUUCGACUAGGUAAACCUAGAAAAAAUAUUUAUUAAAUUAUUGUGUGAUUUCAUAAUGUAUUAUUUUGUAUGAAUCAGAAGUUGAAUUACUUUCGGCUUAAAUAAAAAACUGAGAUAAGAUA